AUGUGCUCAAAGGAUGCAUACUCAUUGUUGAAGAAUUUGGCAUUUUCAGACUGUCCUAUAUCGCUAUCAUUUGAAUCACUUAAAAAAUUGCUGCUGAAGCAUCUACAGCCGGCUAAUUUCGAAGAUGCUGAACGAGCCAAAUUUCAUUCACUCACAUGCGGUGGAAGCCAACCUGUACGUGACUUUAUUCUUCAACUUCAGACUCAAGCAUCUCGUUGCAACUUUCAAGAUCAAUUGCAAACCCAGUUACGUGGUCGAUUAACUGCCGGUAUUAAUUACCCGGAAUUACAGCAAAAGCUCUUGCUCAUGCACGAUUGCACAUUUCAGUUGGCUACGGCAGUCUGUAAACAGUACCAAGACGUCCGUGCCAUUAUUUAUGAUGAAUCCAGCUUGUCGUUCAAUGUCAGCGAUUCCAAACAGCCACCAUCCAGACAAAAGCGUACUGUUUCACGUCCUUUCUCCCCACAAUUACAUUCUACCGUCAUCACGGACGCAUUGCCCGUUGGAAUUGGAGCUGUGUUGGAGCAGAAUGGUCAUCCGGUGCUGUGCAUCUCACGCAGACUCACGGCUGCCAAACGUGGGCAUUCCCAAACUCAAGGAGAAGCUCUAACUGUCUAUUGGGUUGUCACGCGUAUGCACAAGUAUCUUUAUGGUACUCCUUUCACUAUUGUGAGUGAUCAUGAAGCCCUGCAGUUCAUUUACAACCCUCAACGUUCCCUGGCUAAGUCAUCUGCAGCCAUGGUACAACGAUGGAGUAUGCGUUUAUCGCCUAUUCUUACGACAUCCAUCAUUGCAGUGCGCAGUCCAUUCCACAUGCAGACUAUCUAUCACGCUUUGCCGUUGCAGAGGAGGCUUCUACGAGUGAUGGUCUACUAA